AUGAAUACAAUUAUGAUUAUUUGUGUUUUGCUUACUAUUAGUGUUUCUUUUUGUAUCAAUGAAGCAGAAUCGAGAAAAGAUCUUGGCCCAGUAAUCGGUAUCGAUCUCGGAACUACUUAUUCAUGUGUUGGUGUUUUUAAAAAUUGUCAUGUUGAAAUAAUUGAAAAUGAUCAAGGAAAUAGAAUUACACCAUCUUGUGUUGCUUUUACACGUGAUGGUGUACGAUUAAUUGGUGAUGCUGCUAAAAAUAUUCUCACAUCAAAUCCUGAAAGUACAAUAUUUCAUAUUAAACGAAUUAUUGGACGUACAUUUAAUGAUUCAUCUGUACAAGAAGAUAUUAAAAUUUUUCCAUUUUCAGUUAUAAAAGAAAAGAAUAAACCAGUUGUAAAAGUUGAUAUUGGAUAUGGUAUUAAAUUAUUUACUCCAGAAGAAAUUUCUGCAAUGAUACUUGGUAAAAUGCGUGAUAUUGCUGAAGGAUAUCUUGGUAUGAAAGUGAAAAAUGCUGUUGUUACUGUACCUGCAUAUUUUAGUAAUGCACAACGACAGGCAACUAAAGAUGCUGGUACUAUUGCUGGUUUGAAUGUUAUACGAAUUAUUAAUGAACCAACAGCAGCAGCUAUUGCAUAUGGACUUGAUAAAACGCAGAAGUGGGAAGGUGUAAGAAAUAUUCUUGUGUUCGAUUUAGGUGGUGGAACAUUUGAUGUUUCACUUUUGACAAUUGACAAUGGUGUAGUCGAAGUACUCGCUACUAAUGGUGAUACACAUUUAGGUGGUGGAGAUUUUGAUGAACGUGUUAUAGAACAUUUUAUAAAAAUAAUCAAAACGAAAAAAGGCAUAGAUAUAAGAAAAAAUAUUCAUGCUGUAGAAAAAAUUCGUCGUGAAGUUGAAAAAGCAAAACGAAUAUUAUCGUAUGGACAACAAACAAGAGUUGAAAUUGAAUCAUUGAUUUCUAACACUGAAGAUUUUAGUGAAAUAUUGACACGUGCAAAAUUUGAAGAGCUCAAUAUUGAUUUAUUUCGCUCGACAUUGAAACCAGUAGAAAAUGUUCUAGCAGAUGCCAACUUAAAAAUAUCUGAUAUUGCUGAAGUUAUUCUCGUCGGUGGAUCAACCCGAAUACCAAAAAUACGACAAAUUCUUAAAGAAUUUUUCAAUGGAAAAGAACCAUCACGUGGUAUCAAUCCAGAUGAAGCAGUUGCUUAUGGUGCAGCUAUACAAGGAGCUAUACUCUCAGGUGAUGAAUGUGUCGAUAGUGAUAUUCUUAUUAUCGAUGUCAAUCCAUUUACACUGGGUAUUGAGAUCGAAGGUGGGGUGAUGUCAAAAAUUAUUCCACGCAACACUCGUAUUCCAGUGACAGAGAGAAAACCUUUUACAACUACUGUCGACAAUCAAACUGUAGUCAAUAUUCAAAUUUUCGAAGGUGAACAAUCAAUGACCAAAGAUAAUCAUUUUUUAGGUAAUUUCGAUCUCACUGCUAUUCCAUCUGCACCACGAGGUUCUGCACAAAUUGAUGUUACUUUUGAUAUUGAUGUCAAUGGAAUUCUUAGUGUUACUGCCGAAGAAAAAUCUACAGGUAGUAAGAAAAGCGUUGUAAUCAAUUCAAAAACAAAUCGAUUAUCAAGCGAACAAAUUGAUCGCAUGGUUAGAGUUGCUGAAAUUUUUUCAGAAGAAGACAAAGUAGUUGCACGACAAAUAAAUGCUAAGAAUGAACUUGAAUCGUAUACUUAUUCAAUAAGAACUCAAUUGAGAGAUACAAAUUCACUCUUCAACGAGUUAUCAUCGAAAGAAAAGACAACAAUUACAGAUGCUGUUGAAAAUCAAAUCAAAUGGCUUGACACCAAUCCUACUGUCAAAAUCGAUGAAUUUAUUAAACGUAAAAAACAACUUGAAGCAAUUGUGAUGCAAAUGUUGAGCAGAUUCGAAGGACACAAUUCAAAUAAUACUCGAUGGCAAUCAAGCUCAAAUGAAGGUGAAUUGUGA